CACUGCCUGGUAGCUAUAAUUCAUUCUUACUUACAUAAAAGUUUAAAGCAUACUUUAAAGUGUCAUGUCAUUUUUAAAUCCAUUCCAGGUGUAGAAACUUUAAUCAAAGAAAUUGGAAAAGAAAAGCCACCGUCAUUUACAAUUACAAGGAUGGGUGGUGCUUUUAGCAGAUUCAUGGCAGAAUAUGUGCUUGGUUACGUUCUGACGAAAGAGAGAUCUAUUAUUGAAGUAGCUAAAGACCAGGAGACAAGGAUGUGGAACAAAAAGAAGUACAGUCAUUACAGAAGUUUGACAGACCUAACUAUUGGAAUACUUGGAGUCGGAGAAAUAGGUCAAGAAGUGGCAAGGUUGUGUAAUGCCUCAGGUAUGAAAGUUAUUGGUGUAACUCGAAGCCAGCCAUCAGAGGAAAAAAGAUGUCCAGCUGUAUCACAAUAUAGAACAACAUCAGAGUUAGCAGAAGUUCUGCAUGACAGUGACUAUGUUUGCAAUAUUUUACCUAGCACUCCAGAAACACGCGGGCUAUUAUCAGGGGACAUGUUCUCCCAUUGUAGACCCAAGAAAAGUGUUUUCAUCAACAUGGGACGAGGUGAUGUUAUAGAUGAACAGUCACUAGUCAAGGCAAUUAGGGAGGGAUGGAUAUGUGGUGCUGUGUUAGAUGUGUUUCAAACAGAACCUUUACCCGAGGAAAGUCCUUUAUGGAAUCUUCCAGGUGUAAUUAUAACACCACAUAUAGCUGGGGUGUGCUUAACCAAUCAGGUUGCAGAAAAUUUUGUAGAAAAUUAUAAACUUUACUGCGAAAAUAAACCACUCAAAUUUCAAGUGGACUUUCAGCGUGGAUAUUAAAUAACAUGUGAUAACCACUCAAGUUUCAAGUUAACUUUUGGCCUGGAUGUUAAAUAGCAUGUGAUAAAUCACUCAAAUUGCAAGUGGACUUUCAGCCUGGAUGUUGAAUAGCAUGUGAUAAACCUCUCAAAUUCAAGUGGACUUUCAGUGUGGAUAUUAAAUAACAUCUGAUAAACCACUCAAAUUCAAGAGGACUUUUCACAUAGGUAAUAGAUAACAUGUGAUAAAUCACUCAAAUUCAAGACUUUCAGCUUGGAUAUUAAAUAACUUGUGAUAAAUCACUCAAAUCCAAGAGGACUUUCAGCAUGGAUAUGAAUUAACAUGUGAUAAAUCUUCAAAAUUUCGAGUGGACUUUCAUUGUUGAUAUGAAAUAACAUGUGAUGAACCACCCAAAUUCAGCAUGAAUGUUACCAACCACUCAAAUUUCAAGUGGUCUUUCAUCAUGGAUUUUAAAUAACAUAAUGAUAAUUACAUUAUUAGCUGCUAGUUCUAACUUUUGCAGUGAUGUUUACAAAACACAGCGACUCAUUUAUUUGUUUUCUAAAGAUAUCUGUCUACCUAGAUUUCUAGAAAGUAGGCCCUUUUAUCUCUAUAUAUUGUUAGCGAUUUUUUCAAAGAUAUCUAAUGCCAAUCUUUUUCAUAAAAUAUUUACUUUAUAUGCAGAAAAUACUAAUCAAAUGUAUUUAACUUUACUAGAUAUAUAAAUUAGUUAUGUAUUUAUAUACAUUUAUAAUUAAAUGUUAUACACAUUAACGAUCAUUUCUUGAUUUUAGUUUGACACUGAAGAAUAGGUAAAGCUAUUGCACUCACCCAGUGGUUUGUGUCUGCAUCCCAAAUUUGGUAAAUUGUGUAUAUAAACUGGUAUCUCAGUAACAAUAUGUGGGAUUGGAUUUAAACUUAAUGCUUAUGAUUACUUUAAUGAACUGACUUACAGUGCAGUGCACAGGUUCCAUAACUGUGUCUGUGUACAAAAUUAUGCCCCUUCUUCGACUAUGCAAUUUUAAACCGAUAGUUGAGUAUGUCUGUCCCCCAGACAUAUUGUAAAAGCAUUAAUAUUUGUAGGUGGCUAAUUUUUGUGGACUUUCUGGCUGCAUUAACUUUUACCCAGUUAAAUUUCUAUAAUGAACUUGUCCAUCUUUCAAUUUGGGAAGUACCAUUAACUGUUAAAAGGGAUGCUUUCCAAAAAGUUACUGACUGAAUGGCGAACAAUGGAGAUCUUGAUCAGACUGCACAGAUGUGCAGGCAAAGGCUUAGUUGUGUUCAGCAUGAUAAGGGUUAAUACAUGAAAUCUUAUCCCAAUCAACAUAUACAAUUCUUGUUCAGUUUUAUCUUCAGAGUUUGAAAUCAACAAUUUCAUAUCCUCUUGGUCAGUAUCUUGUAAUUUUGUGCCAAUAAAAGUAAAUAAUUAUGUCUCUCCCCUAUAAAAUGGGGGAAACAUAUUGGUUUUGCCUUUGCCAUCCGUCUGUCUGUCCGUCCACAUUAAGCUUGUUCGGCUUUUAAGGUCAAACUGCUGGCUGGAUUUCCACAAAACUUCUAAAUCUUGUCCAGUUUUCACAGGUCAAACUGCUGGCUGGAUUUCGACGAAACUUCACAGGAGUGAUCAGUAUCAAGCCUAGUUAUGCAUAUCGCUGACAUGUUCUGCUUUGCUGCACAAAAAGGCCACCAGAGCUAAAGAAUAGAUUAAUCUUGUCCGGCAUUCACAGGUCAAACUGCUGGACAGAUUUCGACGAAACUUUACAGGAGUGAUCAGUACCAAGCCUAGUUGUGCAUAUCGCCGACACGUUCCACUUCGCUGCACAAAAUGGCCUCCAAAGCUUAAGGUAUACAUAGAGUGGAGACAUAUGUUAUUGUGACAAAAACAGCUUCUAGUUUGACAGUAUUUUUGAGUUUCCCUGUACAUUUUAUGACUUACUUAGUACAGUUUAUACAUUGUUCUGUACUGUUUUGAGAAUUAUCAUAUACAUUUAGAAAAUUAUUAUAUACAUUUAUCAGGUUGUUUACUGUGGAUGGUAAGCUUUAAAUUUGACAAGUGCAUUUUACAUGCAGUUCUGGGCAUUUUGUUAGUUAGAAGGUACAUUUUGUAAGUUGUUGUGUAUACUUGACAGGUCAGAUAGUAUAUUUUCUAUAAUGGGCAUAAUAGAUGCAUAGGAAUCUACAGUCAAAGAGAAAGUGUCCUUUAGAGUACAAUAUAUGGCAAAUAGAGCUUUGUGCACACUGCUAAGACUUUAGAACUCUCACUUAGUAUUUGAGAUGUUGAUGUGUACAUUGAUUGCUAUCAAAUAUCUGUAUUAAACCCACUAGUUACAAUACUUUACAAACUACAUGUAUCUACUCUUGUCUUCUGUAUCUAGAUUUGUUUGUCUUCUUUAGUUUUAUAUCUGUAGAUUUGUAUCUGUUUGUAUUAACUCAUUCCCUGCUAAAUUUCUAUAAUAAAGUUAUUGAUCUUUCAAUUUGGACAGUACCAUUAACUGUUAAAAGGGCUGCUUAUAAAAGAAAAACUGACUGAAUGGCGAACAGUGCAGAUCAUAAUCAGACUGCACGGGACUACACUUGUCGCAAAUGCAGAAUCUGUCAUGUCUAGCAUGAUAAGGAUUAAUAUUGUAAAAGCUUUUUUGAAAAAUGUGUGUGCCUGUAAAGAUUACUAUAGAAGUGUGGUAUAAAAGUUGUUUUUGUACAUUUUACAAGUUUUUCCAUGCAUUAUACAAGUUGCUGCAUUUGGUAGGAUGUUCUGUAUAUUUAUUUUGCAAGUUGAUAUGUGCACCUUACAUGCUGUAUUGACACAUUUUACAAGCUUUCAUUAAUUUUUUACAUUUCACAAGUUGUUGAUGUGGUAGCUUGGAGUCACCAGCUAUUUAUGCAUGCCACUAUGUUGUUGUUGUUUUUUCAACAUACAGAAAGUCUUGUCAUAUGUUAGUUAUUAUAAAUAUUAAAAUUAUUCUGCAGAUUAUUUUGUGUGACACAGCAUAUUAUGACUUGUACAUUUUGCAACAUGUGCUGUGUGUUUGACCAGUCUUAUAAUCCCUGCCCGCUUAGCUCAGUAGGUAGAGCGUUGGUCUACAGAUCGUGGGGUCGUGAGUUCGAUCCUCGGGCGGGGCGUAUGUUCUCCGUGACUAUUUGAUAAACGACAUUGUGUCUGAAAUCAUUAGUCCUCUACCUCUGAUUCAUGUGGGGAAGUUGGCAGUUACUUGCGGAGAACAGGUUUGUACUGGUACAGAAUCUAGGAACACUGGUUAGGUUAACUGCCCGCCGUUACAUGACUGAAAUACUGUUGAGAAACGGUAUUUAACCCAAAACAAACAAACAAACAAAAUAAUAACAUCUUUAAUGUUCAUUUUAAUUUUUCUGUUUGAACCUUUAAGUCUUACCUACAUCAGCAACUUUCUGCUCAGUGGCACAUUAAUGUUGUUGGCAGAAAUUUUCCACUACCGGUAUAUAUUAUACCAGAUUUAUAAAAGAAAAUACAUGUAGUCAAUUAUAGACUACAAUAUAUAGAAAAUGCAUCAACCUGAAAUUAAAACUGGAACUACAGAACAAAUAAAUAAUGUACAGAGGAACUAAUAGAACCUUGCAUCAAUCAGAAAAUAUCUUUAGAAUGCAUGGAAACAACUAGCAACUUAUAAAAGGUACAGAAAAAUUACUACAAUAAAGAAAAUCUUAAAUACAUUUAAAACAACUGACAAAUUGUACAGAGAAAAAAAUUGUAGAAUGUAAAAACAAAAUUUAGGUGCAAAGAGGCAGUUAAGGCUGUUAAAAAGUUUCGGCUCAACAAAUACCUCAAUGUAUGAUCUUAAUCUACUUACGACUAUUUAUUUGUUUGUACCAGAAUUUAAUAAAAAAGUGCAUUGUUACAAAGGUCUUCAUCUUUUUACUUUUGUACGGAAUAUGA